UUAUGAAGCAGUUCAAGAGGCUCUUUUGCAAAUAACCUCUAGGUUGCGGCAUCAUUUCUUUCGUGAUGCUUUUCCUUCUAUUCACCAUCCUUCAAAUCCUGCCUUCCUGGACCAACCACCUCCAUUCCCACCAUUUAUGGGAAGGAGGGAAUUCUCUCCUCCAGAACUGUAUUCUAAUCUAGGCCCACCAUUUCAUAAGUAUGAUCCUCGCGGUGGCCCACCAAUGCCUCCUCAUGGUGGUUUUCACCCCCAUGAUGAUCACCCCAUUUUUAUGCACAAUGUUCAUAAUAGACCAGGCAUGCCUCCUCAUCUGUCAGAAAGGAAACCGUGGGGGCCUCAGGGAUUUAUUGAAGGUUCUGGCCCAAUGGGCUUCUCGGAUUUUCCUGGAGGUCCUCACAGAAGAAUUUCGGGUUUUGGAGGAGGAAGCCAACCAGCUAUUAUUACAAGUACUACAGUUGAAGUUGUAGUACCUCGUUCUCUUGUUCCUACAAUAUAUGGAGAAGAUGGUGCAUGUCUGAAACAAAUUCGUCAGAUUUCUGAUGCAAAAAUUACGAUAACUGAUCCCAAACCUGGAGCAACUGAAACUGUAAUUAUAAUAUCUGGAACACCAGAACAAACUCAUGCAGCCCAGAGUCUUAUUCAGGCUUUUGUGAUGAGUGAGACGGAGUCUAAUUGAAGUACUGUUACCUAGCUGAAGAGCAUGAAGAUCAGAAAUUGCCAGAACUGAGAAAUCUAAUUUUGCAGUUUUGUAUGGUGAACUAAACGAAUUUAACGAGACAGAUAUUAAACUUUGCAGAGGCAUCGGUCCGUUCAUGUAACCCUUUUGUCCUUAAUCUUAUGUCAGGGUAUGAGUCAAUAAUUUACUUGUAUUUUGGUUGCUAUGGAAGUUAAAAAGAAAAGGGAAAAUGGAAAGAACAAAACAGUUUUUGCCUAUAUAUUUGUUCAAUGAAUUUUAAAUGCUCUGGGAUGGAAAUUUCUUUUAUCACAGGCUAUCUUCUCACAUAUAUAAUGAUGCUCUAUGCUUGUGGGAACUUUUUCCUGGGAACUAGACCCUUUUGAUAUUUUAGUUUCCUGAAUGACUUCCACUUGAUUCCUGAAUGACUUCCACUUGUCCUAGUUUCGAACCCUCUAAACUAAAUAUUUCCAAAGGUCGAUAUAACUAAUUAAUGCAUUAAACAUUUCUUGUAAUGUACUCUUUCCUCUUCUGCUCCCCUCUGUACCUGGUCGGUGUCCUCUUGUUUGCUUAUUUUUCAAUUACAUUUUUGUUAAAAUAAAGCAAAUGUCAUUUCCUGGAUAUUCCUGUUUCUUAUUGAGAGCUCUUCUUAGCAGUUUGUGCAAUUCUCUCUUCUUUCUACCAUGCCUUUCCGUGGUUUGGCCAAAUAUGAAGAAACUACAGAUCUGUAUUAUAACAGGAUUUACUGAUGUACUUAUGUAUAUAUUAAUUUACAGGAUGUGUCUAGCCUAAUGUAAAGAAAUUCCUGAUUUUUAUUAAAGCUAAGUUGACUGAAAUAUUCAAAUAUUUAUGAUACAAAUUUGAUAUUAGCUGUGGUGCUUGGAAUGAUGUAAUAAUGCAGUAAACCUUUGAAGCUUAGAUCUGUGGUAUGUAUGUGCAUGGUGCUUCUCACCCUUUUUGAAUUUCAGGUUCUUGAAGAUGUUCCUUGUAGGACAUGUAAUAAAUUUCUUUCAUAAAAAUUCCAGUGUCAAGAGAGAAACAUUUCGGAGAGCCUGGUGAACUUGGAUAAUAUCUAACUGGAUAAAUAAUAUGAUGACAGGUCCUCGUUAGGUCCUUGGAUAUGACCCCUAGCUGAAUAAUUCAUUACAGAAAUGACAGAAUAAGGGAGAGAUUAGGGAACAAUUAAGAGGAAGAUCAGAGAACUUUGUGAAGAAUUUCCAGAGAGUUUGAAUAGAUCUUCACUCUAUUAUCAUUAGAUUUGGCAUGUUUCCCAAAUGGAAAUCUGGGCAUCAUAUGUACCCAAUGCAUCGGUAACAACUGUCUACGUGUCUUAACGAAGUAACAGGAGUUUGACAUGCAAUUGAAUGAACAGCCAGCUGGCAAAGAUCAGAAUAAUAAUUAAUUGAGGAACUAAAACAAUUAAAAACAUAAUAUAGAAGAGACAAAACCAGGUUGCUUGUUCUGCUAUAGGAAUCCGCUGAGAGCCUGACUUCUUUCGUCUGAUUUUUAGUUCUUUAUUGUCUUGAUUAUUUAACGUGACAUUCAAAUCCCACCAACAUUUUUGCAUUCCAUCUUGUUUACCUUUAAUGUUUUCUGAUAUAGUUUUGUUAAAACAAGGGAGAGAGAAUUCAUUCUUUUGUCUUCAUCCAUUUUAUUAUGGUGGUUAUUUAUGACAUUAUUGUUGGCCAUGGUUGUUUGGUUUGUGGCUACAUGUUAUUCUGCUUUGACUUGAAAUGCUGUGAGUGAUGGAGAAUUAUAAGUCUUCCAAGGUGAGAUUCAACAUCCCUUGUUUGUUUUGAUUCCAAUGUGAUGAUAUCUUGAUUAGGUGCCACUGCCCUCUCUUUUCAAUUUUUCUAAGUUUUUCUCCUUGUUAUUUUUCUGUAUGGUGAAACCUCUGUUUUCAAGCUUCAUUUACGGGAAUAUCUUAGGGUAUUUUUGAAUAUUUGGACUUUGUUUGUGGAAUUUUAUUGAUAAAUUUAUGCUUAUUUUAACGAUCAGAUGAUGGAGAUCCUUCACAAGAUGAUAAAAAUUGAGCCUAGAGACUUGCAAGUGGAAUUGGAACAUAGUCAUAGUGCAUAGUUAGAAAUUAUUUACAAAAGAAAUUUGAGCAGCUGGGAAGUAGUACAGAGAAACAUGGUCAUCUUGAAAGUAGUUUAACCAAAUUGCAAGAAAUUGUUUGUAAAGUUCUUAAUAAUAGAAAAGAUUUUCCAUUGGGACAUGUAUGAAAAUUAUUCAAUGACAAAUAACUAUAAACAUGUUACGAUUCUAAAACUGCCAAUAUGCUAUUGUGAGAACAAGGAUGAAAUCUUAUGACCAUGUGGAAGGGGCAGUAGAUGGGAAGAAGGCUGGAUAGGUUCUUUAAUAAUUCUUAAUACAUAACAGAUGGGAGCAUCACGUUUUAGGUUGAACAGAA